AUGGCCAUCUCCUGCGCCGCCGAGUGCGCGCUCUCCCUCGCCUGCGCACGGUGGGCGGCCCGCCGCCUCUCCCUGUCUGGCGCCGACGACAGCGCGUCGUGGCCCGCGGCCUCGCCCGCCUCCUUCGCGCCCGUCCCGCGCGCCUGCCGCGCCGCGCUCGCCGCCUACGACGACGGCGCGGGAGACGAUCGGCCGUCGCCGCUCUGCCCGCCGUACCGGCUCGUCCACGACCGCGCCCGCGGGGAGGUCGUGCUCGCCGUGCGCGGCCUCGGCCUCGCGCGGCCCGAGGACUACCGCCUCCUCCUCGACGCCGGCGGGCCCGAGCCCUUCGCGGGAGGGCACGCGCACCGCGGCCUGCUCCGCGCCGCCGUGUGGCUGCUCGACCGCGAGGGCCCCGCGCUGCGGCGGAUGGUGGCGGAGGCCGGGCCCGAACGGUGCAGGCUCGUGUUCGUGGGCCACUCGCUCGGCGCGGGCGUGGCCGCGCUGGCGGCCGUCGUGGCGGUGAGGUGCUGGCUCGGGAGGCUCAGGCUCCGCCGCGAAGACGUGAGGUGCUACGCCAUGGCGCCGCCGCGGUGCAUGUCGCUCGGGCUCGCCGUCGAGCACGCCGACGUCGUCCACUCCGUUGUGCUGCAGGAUGAUUUCUUGCCCAGAACUCCGGCACCCCUACAGCACAUUUUUGGAUCUAUUUUCUGUUUGCCGUGCCUGCUAUGUUUCGUUUGCAUGAGAGACACGUUUGUCUCAGAAGGGAAGCUCAAGGAUCCAGCUAAGCUCUACGCUCCUGGCACAGUGUUCCAUAUCGUGGAACGAAAGAAUUGCAGAUGUGGAAGAUUUCCACCUGAGGUCAGAACAGCAGUCCCAACAGUGGGCAGAUUCGAGCAUGUUGUUCUGUCGUGCAAUGCUGCCGCUGACCAUGGAAUUAUUUGGAUCGAAAAAGAGGCUCAGAAGGCUUUAGAUUUGAUGGAGCAAGAAGAAGAGUCGACAUCGCCUCCGGCGCAACAGAAGAUGCUAAGAGCACAGGAGCUGCAGUCAAUCGACGUAGAGGAGGGGACAAUCGGCCUUCAUAGUAUUGAGCAUCUGGUGUAUCUCGAAGAGAAGACUUUGCAAGGCAAUUCCUCAUCGUCAUCAUUGGACUUUGAUAGCCCUAGGACCUCAACAACGUCGUGCACCACCUCACCGUCACCGAGGAGUGAACCAUCCGAGUGGGAUGAGCUUAUGGGGGCUUUCCUAGGUGAUCAUGAACAUGACGAUGACCUAGGACAUGACAGUGGUGAAAAAUCGUGUGAAAUCAUUCUGAAUCAUCUGCCUUUUCGUUGUAAAUAAGAAUAUUGCCUCUUGCCAACAAGUAUGUCCACCGCCAA